AGCCUCUGGAAGUAAUAUGGUUUCUAUGGGCCAAGACAGUCAGAAUGGGCUUGUGGGAACUGAAGCUCUCUCCAACACUUCUGCUAUGGGUCGCUAUGGGGGUGAUAUCGGUGGAAAUCUCCAGCCUGCAGCCCCAGCAGGAGAGUCCUACUCCAGGUGAUAUUGCAGAGAUCAAGUGUGGGACACGCCCUGAAAUCGACGCAGAACCGGACGUUGAAUUCACUUCCCGCAUUGUCGGAGGAGGAGAUGCGGCUGUUGGGGGACAACCAUGGACGGUGUCCCUGCAGUUGAACGAGAGGCAUAUAUGUGGCGGGAGCAUUGUGCGUAAGGAUAUGGUGGUAACGGCAGCCCACUGUGUGUAUCCCGUGACUGAGAAGAAAGUGAGCCACAUGACCGUAAUAGCCGGAGAAUAUGACCAGCAAGUCAAUGACAGCCAAGAGCAGAGCAUCCCUGUAUCCCGUAUAGAGCCGCACCCCGAUUACAGAGGGGGUGGGAAAAUGAGCUAUGACAUUGCACUCAUUUUUCUAGCUAAGCCAAUCGUCUUUGGCUCCCAGGUGCAGCCCAUUUGCCUCCCACAGGUGGGAGAGAAGCUUGAAAUCGGAACGCUGUGUGUUUCCAGCGGCUGGGGGAGGCUUGAAGAAAAUGGGGAAUUAUCUCCAGUCCUUCAGGAAGUGAAACUCCCAAUCAUUGGCAAUGCCACCUGUAGCUCUGUGUUGGAGUCCAUGGGGCUCCCCUUAUUAGACGACUCAAUGUUAUGUGCUGGAUUUCCAGAAGGAGGGAGGGAUGCCUGCCAGGGUGACUCUGGGGGGCCCCUUGUAUGCAGACGGCGCUCGGGGGUGUGGUUUUUGGCUGGAUGUGUUUCCUGGGGCGUCGGCUGUGGGAGAAUCUGGGGUGACAAGAAGACUGGACGCACCCAGCUUGGAUCUCCUGCCAUUUACUCCAGGGUUUCCUCGCUGUUAGAGUUCCUGAGACCCCCUAAACAUACUGAAGGCUGCAGUUCUACAGGCAGGACUAUUACUGGUAACAACGGAACCAUUAAGUUCCCCCUAAGCAGCAACUAUUCCAUUAACAGUGUCUGCCGCUGGACCUUGGUGGUAAAAAAAGCUAAAAUGAUGGAGAUCCGAUUUCUCCAGCUGGAUAUAGAAGACCAUGCCACCUGCAACUUUGACUAUUUGUCUUUCACGGCGAACGAGAAAACGAUCCGAAAGGUCUGUGGAUCCAUUAUUCCUUCUCCGUUAAUUGUUCACUCUAAUCAAGUUAUAGUCACUUUCUUCUCUGAUGGGACCUUCACGGGCCGUGGAUUUGAGAUCCAGUUUUUAGAAAUACAGACAAAAGCAGCAUUUUCCUGCGGUAGUGCCAAGGUUUUUAAGAAGAAAGGAAUGAUCUACAGCCCUAACUAUCCCGAGCCAUAUCCCAGCCUCGUGACUUGUAACUGGAUUAUCAAAGCCCCAGAGAACAAUGUUGUUAAGUUGAAAUUUGAAGACUUUAAUGUCGAGUAUGGAAACGGAUGCGUGUAUGAUUCUGUGGAGGUUUAUGACGGCACAGAAGAAACGCUGCUCAUUGCUCGGCUCUGUGGAUAUACGCUCCCGCUCCCAGUCUUCAGUCCGGGAAACACAAUGCUCAUACGCUUCAAGAGUGACAUGGAGAAUAAUUACCCGGGCUUUAAGGCCAAAUUCAACUUUGUGCUCAAAAACAAGCAAACAUCUCCUCCUGUUGAUGGCACUACUAUUGUCAGUGCGUCCCAACCAAGAGCCAUCCCAGUAGAUGUGUGUGGCAUGGCUCCCAUGUCCCAAAAGUCGGCCCUGCCUCGUAUUAUUGGCGGAGAAGAAGCCUGUCCCAAUUGCUGGCCGUGGCAAGUUCGGAUCCUUUUUCUGAAAGCCUUUCAUUGCGGGGGUGCUAUUAUUUCCCCCCAGUGGGUUCUGACUGCCGCUCACUGUAUUCGGGCCUCGGAACCCUCUUACUGGGUUAUCGUUGCUGGGGACCAUGAUCGGAUGCUAAAUGAGUCAAUGGAGCAGAUCAGAAAUAUUAAGGCCAUCAGGAUCCAUGAAGAUUAUAACUCUGAAAACUACGAUAAUGACAUCGCCUUAUUGUAUCUAGAGGAACCACUGGAGUUUAAUGACUUUCUGAGGCCAGUGUGCCUCCCGGAACCAGAAGAGGCGCUUACCCCAACCUCCUUGUGUGUGGUUACUGGUUGGGGGAACACUGCUGAAGGUGGUCAACCUGCUCUUCGACUGCAGCAGUUACAUCUUCCUAUCCUUGAUAGCAAAAUCUGCAAUGAGUCCUAUUACCCUGGGCAGAUGACUAACCAUAUGUUGUGUGCAGGAUUUCCCUCUAGUAAGGCAAAGGAUGCCUGCCAGGGGGACUCAGGAGGCCCUCUGGUUUGUGGAAACACAAAGGAGCAAUACUUUAUCUAUGGCCUUGUCAGCUGGGGUGAGGGAUGUGGGCAAGUGUACAAGCCUGGAGUAUACACCAAAGUCCGCUUGUUCUUGACGUGGAUACAAAAAGCACAACAGGAUCUUCAACAAGAGAGUGGCCCACCGAACAGCAAGUUGGUGGAGCAAAGAGAAGGCAAGGCUGCUAAAGGAUGUUCCUCUGAAGCGUUGGUGAAAGAGUUAGUUGGACUCAUUGCUUCACCAGGUUAUCCAUAUGCUUACAUUGGGGGAUCACACUGCUCCUGGGUCAUUGAGGCAGAACCAUUUAGCACAAUCAAGCUGACCCUUAAGGACCUGGCCACAGAAGAAUCUGAAGGCUGCCGCGAUGAAUUCUUGGCUAUCUAUUUGGAUGACUCAGUUGACAAAAAAGUUACAUUAUGUGGUUCCCUGGAUACCAGCCUCACGUAUUUUAGUUCUGCACGAAGAGUCCGGUUGCGCUUCCAGUCAGGGUUAGGCGGCAUCAGUGAAAACAAAGGCUUUUUCCUGCAGUACUGGAUCUAUAGGGUGCAAGUUCCAGAUUUGGGAAGUCCCCAGUAUGGGUCCAGUUGCUCAGACAAGAUUCUGACAUCAAACAAAGGAAUUAUUGAAUCUCCCAACUAUCCAGACAACUACCACGAUGAUCUCCACUGCCAAUGGCGGGUCAUUGCCCCUGUUGGGAAAAUUAUACGAUUGGAUUUACAAGACCUUAAAACAGAGAAAGAUGCAUCUGGCUGUCAGGACCGACUCCUGGUGUAUAACGGCAUUGGAGAAUGCAAGAGUUUAUUGGGUGACUUCUGUGGCGAUAUUGGCACAGUUUCCUUUAAAUCCGAGGCCUCGGAGAUCACGCUGAUAUUCACCAGCAAUUCCCAAGUCACCCGUAAAGGAUUUAGCUUGAACUAUUCAUUCUGGGACAAGCAAGCAGGAUCCAAACAGCUGGAAGGAAAUGCUACCUCUGUGGGGUGUCCUUCCCUGGACCUCCUCCGACCAGAAUCCAUGGAGCCUGGAUCAGCAAAGCUAGAAUCCCCCAACUUUCCCAACCUGUACCCCAAUGGAAUGGACUGCCAGUGGAUUAUGUACUCAAAAUAUGGGAAAAAACUGCAGGUUCAGAUCCUUUACUUGAACCUGGAGGACUCAUUGCACUGUGCAUGGGAUUAUCUCAAUAUUUAUGAUGGCCCCAACAAUGGAUCUCAUCUGCUGGCCAGUCUUUGUGGCCACAAAAAGAACCUAAUCUUCCAGUCAAGUGGUACUUUCGUGACCCUCCAUUUCCACUCUGACAAAUCAGUAGUGGACUGGGGGUUCAAGAUUAAAUAUGGUAGCAUGCCAGAACCUUCUGUUGAUACCCUGAGGAGCCUGGAUGUUCCUGAUGACAGUGAGUCUGGACAGCAAAAAGCCCAGUGUGGGAAUACAACUGUAGACCCCAUGAUGCUGUACAUGGAAAGGUCUGUUCGAAUACGAAACCUGAACCAAGGUGGGAAAGAGAUUGGCCGUGUGGUGGGAGGACAGCAAGCUGCCCCCAGAUCCUGGCCUUGGCUAGUCAGCAUCCAGAACAACAAGAAGAAGCACUACUGUGGAGGAAUCAUCAUUGCUAAUAAGUGGAUACUUACAGCAGCGCACUGUGAGGUCAAGGUUGGCUCGCACAGAGUGGUUGUGGGACACACUGACUUGUUAGAAGUGCACAAUGAACAUGCCCUUGUGAUCAAUUCACAUGUUCAUGAACUCUACGUGCCCAAAUCCGUACCCCCUACCAAUGACCUCCUCCUCCUGGAGCUGGAUACACCUCUCCACCUUAACAACUCUGUUGCUGUGAUCUGUUUGCCCGAUGGUGUAACAGACUGGACACACUCGGAGUGCUUGGUUGCAGGAUGGGGAAUCACCAAUGUUGAAGGGAUGAUUUUUCCAACCCAACUCCAACAAGCAAAGGUACCCAUUGUUUCCAUAAAAAAGUGCAAGAAUUACUGGGUGUCGGGUGUAACCGAUAACAAUGUGUGUGCUGGAAAAGCCGGAGCUACAUCUUGCAUGGGGGAUUCUGGAGGCCCACUAAUCUGCAAAAUGGAAGAGCGGUACUAUUUGGUUGGCGUGGUGAGCUGGGGGAGUAGUGAAUGUAAUGUGAAUGCUCCAGGUGUCUAUACGCUGACUUCAGCAUUCAUGGACUGGAUAUCCCAACAUAUGGACACAUAAUAAAGAAUCAAUGUUUGAAUACCA